UGUCGCUCAGUGCUGCUCAGGAUAACGAAACGUGAAAUUUUGUUUACCUAACUUACAUCAAAAAUAUUGAAAAACUCAAUGACGAAUUAUUAGAGAUGUGCAGAAAUUCAUCAAGUUACUAAAUUAAUUAUCAAAAAUACUGAUAAAACCGUAUCCUAGAAUCACUUGUUCUGGCCUCCGAAAGCAGCAAUUGGUCUUCAUUUGUGCGAUAGCAGUAAUCAGAAUAGCGCGUGAUAUUGCAGAGUAAGCUUUUAUUGAAGAGGUCUCCAGUGAUGAGGACACGUUUUUAAAGUUAUCGAAGGAAUUUUUAGUUCAGCUAACUAAACCGAAAACUGGUUGUCUGUGUGCAAAAAUCUCCAAUUGCUCGGUCUUUGCGGAAGUGGGCAUUGACUUUAACCACGGAUGAACCGUGGUUAUUCUGAAUGAAAAACUGGCCCUAAGAAGGACAUACGAAUAAUUAGACCCGCAGAAAAUGCAGCAACACCGAUCAGAAGUGCACAUAAUCCACGAGGAACAAAUCCUGGAGGCAAUCGAUCAACUCCGUCGUAGAAAAGCUCGUCCAGACGCUGAUCGAAUCUGUAACUACCUCCUCCGAAAAUUUUCAGUGGACGCUAGGGACACCAUCGCUGACCUGCACCGGUUAAUCGAAGCUGAGAAAGUCAUUCAGGUGGAUUACAAGGGGAACACUAGCUACAGGAAUGCUUCGAAAUGGUCUCGACUUCAGCUGUAUAAAAACCGUCCGGAAGGAUUUGUAAAAGAAAAACUGAACUCAAAUAUGAUGGCCUCAGCCUUUGCAGAGCUUCUCGUGGAGGAGCCGGACUACCUCGAUCAAGGAGUCCCUCCAUUCCGCCUGAUCGAACAACUCCUUGACGGUAUCAGCAACCCCACAUCCCGAAAAAUGGUUGAGGACUUUUUGGCUAAAGAAGUCUCUAGUGGAAACGUAACGAGGAUGAACAACGGUAACUACUCCUUGGUAGGAACAAGUGAUGUUUCCAGCAACACAUCACUUCAAAUGGAUAAGGAAGAUGUUGAUAUUUCUGAUAAAAACCCCAGAAGGUAUUCUAGUGAAACUGGAGACUCCGGAAAGGACUCAAUACAUAAAGAAUCUAAUUCAGAUUUUUUUGGAUUUGAUGAUGGAGGAAAUUGUGACUCCAGAAGCGACAAUACGCCUAGAUCGUCGAGGCAGGCCAGCCCAAAGGAUGAUCAUGUAAAGGAGGGUGGGUUUGAUAAGUUUGAGGAGAAUAUUGAAAAGAAAGAGCAGGAAAAGGAGAGGGAGAAAAAGGGAAUAGAGAGGAAAGAGCGGGAGAAGAUAGAGACGGAGAACGAAGUAGUUGUGAAGGGGGACGAGGGCAUGAGCAGUGUGAAAAGGUCGAAUAAGGGUGAAAGGAAGCAAAGGCUACUGGUGAGGCCUGAUGAUUCGAUGGAUUUGGAGAUUAAAUUUGAGGAGGAAUUCGAGGGCGGUGAUGAGAAAGAAAGAAGGGAAAUGAGACGACAUGAUGUGGAAGAAGGGCAAAGUGAGGAGAGGGAGGAUGAGGAGACUGGGAGGAGCAGUAAUAAUCAGUCUCCAACGGGAGGGACUGUUGGAGGAUUUAGAAGUGCUAGGAGGAAGAGAGCAAAAAAAGUGUUCGAUCCCUCCGACACUAAUAUCCCUAAACGUAAAAGAGGAAGACAACCCCUCGCAAGUAAAACUGCUGUUCAAGCAUCUCAUGAGUAUCAGGAAAGUCCUCCAAAGACCACUACCAAGGAGGGACCUAAUAGACAAUGCAGUUUAUGUGCCAAGGAUAAAUCGGAGUCACUCGUUGCAUGUCGUGACUGUACAGUCAGAGCUCAUCCAAGGUGCAUUUGGAGUCCUGAGGACUUAAUUCACAAGGUUGGAGCCAGCUGGCAAUGUGAGAGAUGUAAAACUUGCAGCGUUUGCUGUGAAACUUCCGAAACUGGAGCUCUAAUCACAUGUAUAGCAUGUGACGAAGCUUACCACUACGUUUGUCACACGCCUCGAGUCCCUUCUUCCAAAUCCCAUUCAAAAUGGCAUUGCAGUACCUGUGCUGAGAAGAAGUCAGCGAAGGUGCCUCCAGUGACAACACAAGAGAAGAUCCAGUCCUCUCGUCCUGAAACUCCGAUAAAUCCUACACAAUUACCACCAGUUCUGAGCCCUCAAGUCUCUCCAACUAGGGGAGCAAUUGAUCAUAAUGAUGAUGAGGUUUUUUCUCGUGAUGGAAUUGAUCCUAACAUUCCCGAUGCUUCGGAUUGGACAUCGGAACAGGUUUAUCAGUAUUUCGCGAGGCUUUUUCCGAAGGAGGCUGAGGUGUUCAGAGUGCAGGAUAUCGAUGGCCACUCCUUGCUUCUUAUGAAACGUUCAGACGUUCUCAUUGGCCUGGACCUUCUCCUCGGACCAGCCCUGAAAAUCUACAGACAUGUGCUCAAGCUGCAAAUGCGUCGUGAUGAUCCUCGUUUCUACUGGCUAUAAUGAAACGUUUUAGAACUUUAUUAAUCCCUUAAAAAUUUCCCACUGGGCGCUCAAUUGACCAAUUCCUAUUGAUUCGCGUCAAUUCAAAGAAAUUAUUCAAUUUCCUCAGUCUUCAACGAACUUGAUUGAUGGCGUAAUAAGAGGAAACAAAACCAGUCAAUUUCUCAUAACGGACUGGAUAUAGAAUUCUCCCAAUAAUCGGUGAUUUGAAGAAAGUAUAUCAAUUUUUCUUUGUUAACCACGAAAAAUCUGUUAAUUUCCCAGAAAAUUGUAGAUUUCAAAACCAAGAACUCAUGGAUUUUUUUGUCUUGUCUUGUCAAGAGUUAAAUAGAGAACCCUUGUGCUCAUCUAGUAUUAUGGCAACACUAAUAAAAUCAUUUGUUUCCGAAA